AUGGAAACUUCUUCGAUGGAAUCAAUGCCUGAAUUACCACCGGAUACAAUGCCACUUCAGCAUCAAGUCGCAGGACAUUUUUAUGGAAAGUCAAAAACAAAAUUCGGUUUUCUUCAACAACGUUCUACUGGAGAUGUUCUCAAACCAUUAAUAGAUAAACGACGAGGACCACGUGAACAACAAUUUUAUGUUGAUAUUUUCUCUAAGGAAGCUCCAGAGAGUUUUCGUUCACUCCGACCAUGUGUAACCACUCUUUUAGGCACAUAUGAAUACGAUGGUAUGAAUUAUUUAAUAUUGGAAAAUGUUAUUCAACCAUUUAUUCAUCCAUGUGCUGCUGAUAUUAAAGUUGGUCGAAUAACCUAUGAUCUUGAAGCAACUGCAGAGAAAAUAGAGCGAUGUCAUCAAAAAUUUGCACCAGUAUCUGAGAUUGGCUUUCAAUUACUUGGUUGGCAAAUCUAUAAUCCAACAGAUAAUUCCUAUGAAUAUCGUAAUAAAGUUUGUGGUCGAUCAUUGACCAAAGAAGAAGUUAUUCAUGCAAUUGCUCAUUUCUAUGGUGCACCUAAAUUAAAUUACCGUCGAAUUAUACGAUCAGUACUUGAACGUCUUACUACUCUAGAAGAUGUUAUGUCGAAACUAUACGGUUUUGUUUUUAUUGCAACAUCUCUGUUGAUUGUCUACGAAGGAGAUCAAACAGAGAAAAACGAGGCAAAAGUUGAUGUUCGACUCAUUGACUUUGCUCAUGUUUUCAAAGUAGAAGGUGCCCAUGCUAAUCAAUCCGAUGAAAAUUUUCUUUUUGGUUUACGUUGUUAUAUGGAUCAUUUACGUCGUAAUGGUUUUGGUGGUAGCAAAAAAGAUCGAAUUGGUAAUGUAUAUGGAGACAAGCUAAAUGAUAAUUUUUCACAUACGAAAAUCUUUCUAAGAUCUUUGUCUUAUUUAUGGCCUCGCAAUCGAAUCGUUUUACGUAUUCUAUUAGUUCUCUCUAUGUUGUGUAUGAUUAUAUCUUCAGUAUGUGAAAUAUAUGCACCCAUUCCACUGCGAACAGUCAUUUCAGGAUUAACGCCAAAUGCAACUGGAUCUGCAACAAGGAAAUCUAUUCAAUUCUCAGUGCCACAUUUUAUCUCAUUUAGUAUAGCUACAUUAGGAGGAGCUGCUACUUCUCGUCUACGUGAUAUGUGUUUUGCUGAAGUUAGUGCUGAAACGGAACGAACUAUUGGUUUAGACUCAUUUCGACAUUUGCAGCGUUUAUCAUUAGCAUUUCAUCAACGACGUGAAACCGGUGCCGUUUUACGAAGUAUCUCUCGUGGUGCAGGCACAUAUUCAGCACUUAUCAAAUCAACAAUGUUUAUUCUUUUACCUAUGCUCAUUAAAGUCGUUGCCAUUUAUACUCUAUUGAACUAUGAAACAAUGAAGUAUUUCAAUGCAGAACGUCAUGAAGAAAGGCGGUAUGAUGAAACAUCUCAAGAAUUUGCUUCCGCAGAGGUGACAACUCAAUAUGUGUAUAGUAUUACAUCAUUGGGACAGAGUCUGAUCGCUUACCUUGGAAUAUUAAUUAUUUUGUGUCUAGCUGGUUACCAAGUAGUAGUGGGAAAAUUAGAAUUAGCUGACUUUGUUAUGAUUAAUCAAUACCUACAAACUUUAUAUACGCCACUAGAACAAUUAGGCAAACUUUAUCUAGAUUUAAAACAACAAAUUUUAGAUGCUGAAGCAAUGUUUUUUCUAUUAGAUGAACCUGUUGAGAUUAAUGACAAACCUAAUGCACCAGAUUUAAAAAUGGCGCCCAAUGAACAAGCACAAAUUGAGUUUAAAAAUGUAUCAUUUUCCUAUCAGAAAAAGAAAAAUGCUGCAAAAAUACAAGUAAUCAAUGACCUAUCAUUUACAAUCAACCCAGGCGAACGUGUAGCCAUUGUUGGACCAUCAGGUGUUGGCAAAUCCACUUUGGCUCGUCUCUUAUAUCGAUUAUACGAUGUUGAUCAGGGUGCUAUUCUACUUAAUGGUAUAAAUAUUGCUAAUAUGAAACAAGAAUCUCUUCGACGACAUAUUGGAAUUGUAUCACAAGAUCCUGCUUUAUUCAAUAAUACAAUAGCUUAUAAUAUUGGAUAUGGUUGUGCGGAUCACAAUGCUACAUUGGAGCAAGUCAUUGAUGUGUCAAAGCGUGCUUCUAUUCACAACUUCAUUAUAGCACAACCACUUGGAUAUGGGACACCUGUCGGUGAACGUGGCGUACGUUUAUCUGGCGGAGAAAAGCAACGAGUAUCAAUUGCUCGAGCUGUAUUAAAAGAUCCAAAGAUAAUGAUUUUCGAUGAAGCUACAAGUUCAUUGGAUUCUAUAACUGAAUCAGAAAUUUUAUUUGCUAUGAAUGACAUUUCCAGAGGUCGUACAUGUCUGACAAUAGCACAUCGUUUAUCAACAGUCAUGGAUGCGGACAAGAUCUUAGUUUUGAAAAAAGGUACACUUGUUGAAAUGGGUACUCACGAUGACCUUUUAAAGGUCGAAAAUGGAGUUUAUAAAUCACUGUGGAAUCAACAGCAACGAAUUAGUGAUCUUAAAAAAAGUUUGCAAGCUGCCAAGAGUCUGACUGAUGAUAUCGAAGAAGAUAUAGAAAUAGAUCCAGAUGAGCAAUAUGAUUCGAAUCAAAGUUUAAUACAAAACGCAGCCAAAGAAACACCACGUAUUUCAUCAUCUGAUGAUAAAAAGAAAUUAUCUGAAUCAUUUCAAUCAAAAAAUCGUUAUAGUACAUUUGGUGACAAACAUGACCCUUCCACAACAUCCAAUAACAAUAAGGACUCAUCCGGCAAUGCAGACUCAGAAGACUAA